AAAGUUUCAACACGCAAUGGAGAGGGUGGAGAAGCUGGUGUCGUCCUUACUUCAGUCAUGUUUUUAUUCGGAUGAAAAUAACAAAAUUGUGUGUCUGAACAAGCUGCGAAGACCUGCGACUGAAGUUUGAACUCCUUCGCUUCGUAUGAUAUGAUGUCUUUUUUUAGCCAACCGGAGUAUGGAGCUACAACUCUUGUAUUAUGGCCGUACAUAUACUGAGGAGGAACUCCCAAGACUCAAAAAAUACAAUAUGGACAAGCUCCCCUGCAACAGAUAAAAAGUGAGGGAUAGAGAAAGCAAGAGAAGAUUGAAGAAGUUUAACAGAGAGAGUACUUAUUUAUCACAGACAUACAGAAGACAUUAUGUCCAUCUCAAUAAAGCAGGAGCGAAUCAUUUGUGUUCUCCUCCCCAACAAAGACCAGCUGGACAUCACUGUCGGGCCAAAGUCCACAGGGCAGGAUGUUUUUAAUCGUGUGACAGAGCUUCUUGGAGUCAAAGAGCUGCACUUCUUUGGCCUCACAGUGGUGAAGGACAAUGAGCACAUAUUUAUAGACAUGGAGGAGAAACUAACCAAGUAUUUUCCUAAGGAAUGGAGGCAAGAUUCAGGAAAGGCAUCACAGAAGAGACCUUUGCCUCUAGUUCUCUGCCUCAAAGUGCAGUUCUAUGUGGAAAACGGAAGACUCAUUUGUGAACGAAAGGCACGACAUCUAUACUACUCUGAUUUGCGUGAGCGUGUGCUCCGCUCUGAAUGUCGUCAGCAAGAGGAAGUGUACUUCCAGUUGGCAGGUUAUGCCUUGCAGGCUGACCUUGGUGACCACCCACUGCCCACAGAGCAUAAAGAGAUCGCCCCUUACUUUGAACCCAAGGAUUACUUUCCUCCUUGGAUUAUAGCUAAACGUGGGGUGAACUACCUCCUCUGCCAUGGGCCCAAAGUGCAUCAGGAGUUGUGGGGCAUGUCUACCCGUGAUGCUGUCCUGCUCUUCAUCAGGGAGUCAUGUCGACUGGAGGAUGUACCUGUCACAUAUUACAGACUGCAAAAGGACAAAAAGGAGGAGAGAGGAACAGCAUUGCUCGGUCUGACCCUGCGAGGAAUGCAGGUUUAUCAGGAGGUGAACAACAUGCGACAGCUGCUGUACGACUUCCCCUGGUCAAACGUGGGACGUCUCACCUUCCUGGGUAAGAAAUUCGAGAUCCAGCCAGAUGGCUUGCCAUCAGCUAGGAAGCUGGUUUACUACACUGGGUCAUCAUUCCGCUCUCGCCACCUACUUGUGCACCUGAGCAGCAGCCAUCGCCUCUAUCUCAGCCUCCAGCCUGCCCUCAAACACCUACGCCAGCUGGAGGAGAGCGAAGAGAAAAAGCGUUACAGAGAGUCAUACAUCAGUGAUGACCUGGACUUGGACCCCCCAGGCAGUGAGAGCAGCCCUGGUCUGUCUCGACACUCGACCAGCAGCUCUGGGAUUGAAGCUGAUGCCCGCCAACACAGCAUCUCCACAGAAAUGGCCUCCAUGGAAGAGGAAGGUCAACGACAAGGAGAGAAAUGUUUCAGCUCAGCAGCCAGCUGUGGCAACUCCUGCACCUCUGGGUUUGAUGCAGGCAAUAAGGCUCGAACAGAGGAUGAGGGGUGGCAAGAAGAAGAGACCAAGACCAAUGUCGGAAGUCCAAAGGAGGUUCUUGUGGAUGAUCCUUAUGAGAUGUUCCAGUUGGCUGAUCUUCUUGAAGGGGUGUCAGUGGACUGUACAGAUCUCCCCAUAGACUCUAAUUCAGAAAACAAAGUGUCUCCCCCAGACAGUGAUGAAGAUCUUGGGAUAUUACGUAACAAAGACAUGUUGAAACAGAUACUGAAAUCUAGAGCACAUGUGGAUCGGCACAGCCACAGUCUAGAUGAUGUCCGUCUGUUCCCACUUCCAGCACCCCUGGGGACAACACUGCCACCUGAUUCUUCCCACAGCUACACCUUUGGCCUCCCAGAUGUCUCAACAAACCCUGUUGAUCAGAGUUAUUACCCCUUUUUGCACUGCCAAGCCAAACCUUCAUUCUAUGGCCGCAGGUCUACCAAUAGCCUCUCCCUGGACAUGUUAGGUGAUGAACAGUUCCUGGAAUUCAUAUUUUGAAUUUGUCAAGUACUGAUGUCCACAAAAUACCCGUUCUCUUCCUUCAUUUACUGUGUAACUGAACUCAUAGGUUGCCAACACAUGAAUGUCUGUGUUUUCUGUGUGGUGGUGAUGAUGACAGCGAGGGAUGUGUUCACCUCAGACAUCACUGAAAAUGACGGGACCCCACAUUCCUAGAAAAGCUGUGAAUUAGAUAACAGAUCUAAUUCAGCAACAUUUCAAUCAGUAAACAGAGCAUAUUUAUUUAUGUUGUAUAUUGUGUACACACUACUUGCACUAUUUUAUUACAUUUUAUCUUCUUUGAGCAAAAACAUUUCUGAUCAAUUAUAUUGUCUUCUGUAAAGUUUACACUGUUGAAAACUUCUCCAGAAAUGUGUGCAUUGGUUAAUGUUGAGGGCACACAAUUUUAUAGUUGAAAUUUUAAGGCAGUGCAGUUGUGCUGCAUUUGACAUUCAUAAGAUGGAACUUGCUUUCCUGCCUCUUUUUUUAACAUAAACACUUACAUUUCCUUGUUUUAUCUCCAGAAGCCAUGGUGCUAGUGUUUGUGCUCCUGUAUUCUUUUGUUCUCUUUUUUAAAAAUCAUAUUUUAUAAUGUAUUCUAUUUUUGUACAGUGUGCUCUGUCAUGCAUUUCCUAUUAGUCUGCCACAGCAAUGUAGCUGCUGAUGUGGAAAAUUGAACCUCUUUACAGCAGGCAAUGCGUUCAUCCAAAGCUUCCCCAUUCUAUACUCUCCUCCUGCUUUCGUAAUUACAACAGUAAAGUAUUUGUAAAGCACUAUUUCUGUAACCAGCAAGUGUAUAAUGAAUCUGCAGUAUUUUUGUAUUAUGUAAUCCCCAAACAAAGAGCCUUUCUGUUGGUUUUCUCUGUCAUUAUUUUCACUGUUUUGUAAAUGGUUAUUGGUAUGCAAGUGAACUGAUGUCUUUAGCCAAUAUGAGGUCACUGGAAAAGAAUGUCACUCUUUUAAAUAUGGAAAAACUUUCAUUCAAUGCCAAUAAUGUAUGAAUAACAGACAGGGUUAAAUUAAAUACUCAACAAUUCAUUUUUAUCUAAAGCACUGUUUUUUAUCAUAGUGAAAAUAAAUUCUUAAUACCACCAAUAA